AUGAGUGAUUGUGAGUUUUUUGAGCUUCCUUCAUUUGAGGCGUUCGACUCGGAGGAUCGGCCGCCACCACCAUCUAUUGAAGACUACCCGAUUGGAUGCGAGGUGGAGCUUGUUGACAUUGGUCCCGCGAAGACAGCGCAAACAGCCGAGCUAUGGGAGCCCUUUAUGGACGAAUUAUUUGGGCAAUGCCGGCGCUCCGUGCGAGUUGUGCGUCAUCAAGGCGACUACACGUUUGUUAUGUGUGAAAUUGGACAGGAUUUAGUUGUUGGUUGCACCUUGUACCGUGCUUGCCUCAGUGAGCCUAAGGUGCGCUUUAGGAAGUACAUCCCAAGCAAUCCUGUGGAGGGUCGUAUGAGUCCAAUUGGUGUCAAUACGCGAGACCCUAGUGAUAGUGAUCUCUUUGAAUUAUACCCCAACACCAAGGAUGUGGGGCAUGAAGCAGAGGGUAUUGUGCCCACAGGGACGUCUCUCCGUGAAAAAGAUCCACAGAGAGCAAAUACGUGGGGUAGCCAAUGCAUUUCACCUGAUGAAUCUCCCCGACUUGUGCGUAGCAGAGAUAAAGACGCCGAGUCAGAGAUACCUCUCACAAAGAAAGGUGAUGUGGUGCGUUGUAAAUAUAACUACGCUAUCAGGAAGGCGCAUGACGCUAUGCUUAAAGAGAAUUACAGGGAUGCGGUACGCUACUAUACAAAGGCAAUCAAGUAUAGCCCUGAUGGAGGGGCAAGAUGUUUAUCAAACCGUUCUGUAGCGUUUCUUGGAUUACGCAAUGUAGAGGCUGCCUUUCUUGAUGCCACACGUGCAAUAGAGUUACAACCUCAGAAUUUUGUUGGAUACGUGCGUGCUGGAAAUACACUGCGCGGAAUGAAACGCUACGAAGAGGCACGCACAUACUACGAGAAGGCGCUCGCGCUUGACCCAAGCAACGAGACACUUAACUAUCUGUUGCUGAGUAACAAUGUUAUGAUGCUGUACGCCUCCAAAUAUGAGCAUCGAAAAGCAGCAUCUAUUGCCUUAGACCGCAAAACGCUGAAUGUCGUUCUUCUGGCAAAGAAGGACAUGCGACCCGGCGAAUUGGCGUGGGUGGAAUCAUCUGCUGCGGUGUUUCUACUGAGGCAUCAUGGGAAUUUGGCUUGCAGUGGCGACCAUCGUGUUCAUGGGGAUCAGAAUAAGGAAAGUAUACCACACGUUUGUUGUCAGUGCUUCCGACCACUUACGAGUAUUGAGGAGUUUUGCAAGAGCCUGCCUGAAGUUGAGCCGCAUACUCUUAAAAAGUUUUACAGUGAACACAAAAUUGUGCAAUGCAAUGGUCAAUGCGGAGUUUUAUAUUGCUCUGAUAGCUGUCGUUCGAAGGCAUGGGCAGCGCACCACUGGGUCGAGUGUGUGACUCAAGGAAAGUGGUCUGAGGCGUACAGUCAGGUUCCUGGACUGUUGAAGAAUUUUAUUGCGUCUUACAGCGCUGCAGCGAGUAAAGAGCGGCAAAGCAGCGCUAAUAUUAAUCCUGAAAUAGGAAUAUGUUUGACCCCUACUGUAGAGGACAGUCCUGAUGUUAUUGUAGCUUGUGUCCGCAUUGCCUGUCGUAUGUUUUCCAAGAUUCUUAGUAAUGGACGAGUCUUGGAGGAUGCGGUGCAUAUCUUUGAGUGGAUGCUACCUAAGGAGAGUAGCUACAGCUCCUUCGUGAGCCCACCUUUCACCAACAUGGCACACAAGACUGUUAUUGUUAACUUAUUGACCUCUGUGUACAACGCACUUCAGAAAUGUUUUACAACAGAGGAGGCGCAUUACUUUUCCUUCAAUGCAUUCCGUUCACUCGUACGAGCGUGCCAGAUUUAA